CAAUGGCCGAGGUGUUCCGAAAAUCUUAGCCUCGGUUUCAUUCCGAAAACACACGCCAGACGGAAACGAAAAACGUUAUUAUUUGACAUUUAUCAGUUUGACAAUACUGUAGAAUCGCAAAUAACAUGAAAGCUGCCUGCAUAUAGUCUUAUAAAGAUCAAACGGUACAAUUUGUGACAUUGGAGCAGGAGCGGUAAUAAGAUAAAAGGCGCGUGACUAUGGUUUGUAUUUAAACCGGUCGGUUGGAUACCAUAUGAUGCCAUUUGAUUGCCAGGAUUUCGUCUAGGCUGGAAUUAACUGAAGUCAUAGAAAACAAAGAUGUCAUUUCCACCUCGAGGCCCACCUUUGGUCCCCACAGGCAUGAUGCAUACUGGUUAUGCUUAUGCUCCUGUUGGAAUGAUGCAAAUGCAGAUGCCUAUGAUGCCUCAGACUACGAUGAUGAGAACAGUAGUACCUACCACAGCCACCACAGUUAUAGCGAGACCAAAGAAACAACUUGUCCCACAAGAAAUUGACAAAGAUGACAAGAAGGAUGAGAAGCCACCAGUAACGACAGUAUUUGUAGGCAACAUCAGUGACAGAGCUCCAGACUCCAUGGUCAGAACUAUGCUUCAGAGAUGUGGCAAUGUGCUGAGUUGGAAAAGAGUACAGGGAGCAUCAGGAAAACUUCAGGCAUUUGGUUUCUGUGAAUAUGAAGAACCAGAAGCCACACUGAGAUGUAUGCGUCUACUGAAUGAGUGGGAAAUUGGGGAGAAAAAACUUGUGGUAAAAGUAGAUGCCAAAACUAAAACAUUACUAGAUGAGUGGCAAAGUAAAAAGAAAAAAGUCUCAGGAGCCAAUAAAGAAGAUAAAGAAAAAGAAACAAAUGGGGAAUCUAGUGAAGAUAAGAAAGAGGAGGGGGAAGAUGUGGAUGAUGACAAAGUGGUGUUAGAUGAGUUCACACUGAGGGAAGACAGGGUCGCAAAGGCUGGUCUAGAUGCCAUUAUGAGAGAAUAUGCGUUUGAGCUUGCUAAGGAGCCUUCCAAUGCUAAACAAUCCACAGAACCUGUCAGUGAUAUUCCAAAAGUCCCAAUGCCUCCAAUUAAACAGAAAGAUGCUUCACAGCUACGAGACACAGGUUUAGAUGAUUUAAAUGUUGAGGCGGACACUAAAGAUCUGAUAAACCGAGAGAUCAGAUCUUUUAGAAACCUCCAUAAGGACAAUGAGGAAUCAGACUUGGACAAGGAGAGAGAGCGAGAAGCUGAGAGACAACGAGAGAGGGAACGACGCAAGGAAGAACAGAGACGACGCCUCGAGCGAGAACGGGCCGAACAACAGAGACUCAAAGAGCUGGAGAGAUAUGAGGAGUCGCAACGAAACAAGGUGAAGAAGAGGGAAAGCAGAAGUAGGUCAAGGUCACGCUCAAGUUCUCGGGGACGGUCGUCACGGCGAUCAAGGUCUAGAGAGAGGGAAAGGGAACGAGAGAGCAGAGAAGAUACAACACGUCGGGACAGGAGAGCUCGAGAUAGGGAGCUUGAGGAAGAGGAGGAGGCGUACGAGAGGCGGAAAAUGGAGAAGAAAAUCAGGGAGAAGGAAAUUGCAUAUCAGGAGCGAUUGAAGAACUGGGAGGCUCGUGAGAGGAAGAAGUCGCGGGAGUACGAGAAGGAGCGAGACAGGGAGGAGGAGAGGAAAUCAGAGGAAUCAAGAGAAGCAAGACGAUUACGAGAAUUUCUUGAAGAUUAUGAUGAUGAGAGAGAUGACCCAAAAUUUUACAAGGGUAGUGCUCUGGAGCGUCGUUUGCGUGAGCGUCAAAAGGAGAAGGAGGUUGACGCCCGGGACCGAGCCAAGGAGAAGGAGGAGCUGGAUGAGAUACGCCGAAAACUACAGGAAGAGGGACAUCCGGAUCCAGAUGCUGAAAUGGAGAAGAUUGAGAGAGAGCGCGAAGAGCACUUACGACCAAUGCUGCAGCUAAAUGACAACAUUGGGGCAGGAAGAUCCCCUUCAGAAAGUGAGAGCGAGGAGGAGAGACCAGCCAGCCCACCACCACCAGUCCAAGAACGGGAAGAAUCUGAGGAUGAAUCUCCAGAGAAAUACCCAGCUCUGCCUAACAUGAAGCCUACCCUGCAGCCUGUAGAUGAGUCGUCCCAGUCGUCUGCCCAUGGCUCUGUGGAUGAUGAGAGCUCCAGGAUGAGCCUGGGAAUGUUGAAUGAGGAAAGUGAACACUCGUUUGGUCCGUCCAGAGAUGAUUCCAGGCUAGGAUUUGGAGCAAUGAAACUUGGCGGAGGUCACUCGAGCACCAACUCCCCGACAGAGCCAUCAGGCAAGCGCAAGAAGCUGACAGUGGGUGAUGUUUUCAACCAGGACGAUGAUGACUCCCAAGAUGCAAAAAAACGCAAACUUGUGCCCCUAGACUAUGGAGACAGCGGAGAGGACAGUAUGACAGGAUUUGAGGGAGGCAAAAAGAACGCUUCUGUGGAGGAAAAGAGGGCCAAGAUAAAGACAUUGAUUGAGAACAUUCCCACUGCUAAAGACGAGCUCUUUGACUUCCAGCUGGACUGGAAGAUUGUGGAUCAGAGCCUGAUGGACAAGCGUAUCAAGCCGUGGGUGAACAAGAAGAUUAUUGAGUACAUAGGAGAAGAAGAGCCAACGUUGACAGACUUUAUAUGCCAGAAGGUGAUGGCCCAGAGCCAGCCACAGAAUAUACUGAAUGAUGUAGCUAUGGUGUUGGAUGAGGAGGCGGAGGUGUUUGUUGUCAAGAUGUGGAGACUAUUGGUGUAUGAAACUGAAGCAAAGAAGGCCGGCCUAGUGAAAUAGUGGACUGUAACCAUAUUGUAUACUAAUACAAGGGGAUCUAUAAAACUAACUUGGCAUCCGACCAUACCAGUGUUGUGUGUGGUCAAUACUGUGUGUAGUGCCAAAGUAAUACUGUUAUGUAUGAACUAGUACUAGGAAGUACUUAUGUACUAAAGCUUUGACAGUUUGCUGAUAAAAGCAUGAGAUUCUAUGAUUAAACAGUUGAUGAGAAUGUGACUACGUUGGUGGAUGGCAGUAUGGACAAUAGCUAUUAACAGUUCGACAAGGAUGAUAACUUUAUAGCAAUUCACCAGGAAACAUACAUGAAGGUGUAUGAAUAGUCAUCUGCCAAAUUGGUAUAAAAAGUAUAAAAGGAUGAGCCCAAAUCUUACAGCAUAGUAGUAAUAGCCUGGAAAAACACUGCAAGUGGUGCUGAAAUGAACUGGGCUGUUGGAAACAGUUUGUAGCUGAUGUGAUCAGAUAUUCCAUUUAUGAACAUGUUGGUCUUGACUUCUUCAUUUUAGUAUUUGUGGUUGCCUUCAAAUCAUGGGUGAAAAAUGAUAUGUAAAUCAAAUGGUGUUGCAGAGGAAUGACUUCUGCAUCAUUGUUUAUUACUGAUACAUUGUUGUUAUUUUAAUGGAAGUUGCAUGUAUAGUUAAAACACAGAUGCUUUAUUGUUAACAUGUGCUUUAAAUGAACAUCCUGAUGUUAUAUCAUACAAGCUGCCUCCUGGGCGGUAUUUUACAAAGUAUUUUUUGAUUGAUAUUUCCUUCAUUUACUGUCACUUAUUUGUGCUGAUACUUCAACAGUAAUACAAUGACACAAAAAGUUUCA